CUGCACUCAUCCCCCCCUUGACGACGCCUGUUGUCGUUGGAAUUCGAUGGAAGAAACACUACGCGCGGCCAAGCAGCGCAGAAAGCGGAACAAAUUCCACUUCCGGUUGAAGUUCUGGAAAUCCACCCCGAGAUCACCAAAACCUGCGGCCCCGUUACCUCAACCCCCACCAGAAUCCCACCCACAAUCGCCGACGCCUACUCAGACGGAACCUACUUCACGUUCACCUUCCUCUUCCUCGUCGCCGUCAGCAUCGGGGAGAUUCGAUGAAGGACCUGAAGGACAACCACAACAAGGGACUUCUUCGCCGGGGAGACUCUCUCCGCCUUCCAGCCCAUCGAGAGAAACUCCCGCUCCACCGGAAUCAACUCAGGGAGUUUCUCAAACCCCAUCAUCAGCCAAGCCUGAAAUGACCACCACGGAACCAAAGCCCCCGAGUCAUCCGCAAGAAACCCAAGAGCCCCAGGAAUCAUAUCCUGGGAAGCCAUUGGAACCGCAAUCAGAGUCCCCAAGCCAUCAGCAAGAAACUCAACCCCAAUCUUCCGAAGCUCAACCUCCAAAACCAUCGGAGCUACAAUCGAAAUCCCCGAGUCAUCAACAAGAAAUCCAACAGCCUCAGGAAUCCCAUCCUCCCGGAGUCCAAGCUCCAGAAACAUCGGAACCACAACCAACUCAUCAGCAAGAAACCCAGCCUCAAGAAUCUCAUCCUCCUCCCCAAGGCCAAGUUCCAGAAACAUUAGAACCACAACCAAAGUCCCCGAGUCAUCAACAAGAAACCCAGCCCCAGGAAUCCUCUUCUUCCCAAACCCAAUCUCCAGACCUAUUAGAAUCACAACCAGAAUUCCCAAGACAUCAGCAAGAAACUCAGCCCCAGAAAUCCCAAUCUUCCGAUGCUCAAGCCCAAGAACUAUUGGAACUACAAUCCAAGUCCCCGAGUCAUCAACAAGAAAUCCAACGACCCCAGGAAUCCCAUCCCCCCCAAGUCCAAGCUCCAGAACCAUUGGAACCACAACCAAAGUCCCCGGCUCAUCAGCAAGAAUCCCAGCCUCAAGAAUCUCAGCCUCCCCAAGUCCAAGUUCCAGAAGCACUAGAACCACAACCAAAGUCCCCAGUUCAUCAACAAGAAACCCAGCCCCAGGAAUCCUAUCCUUCCCAAGUCCAAUCUCUAGAGCUAUUGGAACCACAACCAGGGUCCCCAAGACAUCAGCAAGAAACUCGGCCCCAGGAAUCUCAACCUUCCGAAGCCCAAGCUCCUGAAUUGUUAGAACCACAACCAAAAUCCCCAAGUCAUCAGCAAGAAAUCCAACCCCAGGUAUCCCAACCUCCUGAAACACUAGAAUCACAACCAAAGUUAUCACCCCAGCAGCCCCAGGAAUCCCAAACUCGAGAAAUACAAAAAUUACAACCAAAGUCACCACCCCAGCAGUCUCAGGAAUCCCAACCUUCUCAAGCCCAAGCUCCGUUACAAAUGGAACCGAAACAAGAAAAACUAGAUACAGAUGUCGAGAAAAAGGAAAUUGCAGAACCCUCCAAACCUGCACAGCAAACUCUAAUGGAGGAAAAACCUAGACAGGAUGUCGAAGAUAACACAAAAGAAGAUACUGAAAUCACAAAAGAGAUGAGUCAUGGGAGCCAAGAAUCAGAAGAAAGGAUCAAAGACCAACCAAAGCCCCCAUAUACUAGGGAACCUGAUGGUCUCAGAGGAAAACGGCACGCUACGUCGGUGGCCGAUAUCCCACGGGCCUCAGCAAUCCUCGGAGGAGAUGAUUUCCAAAAGGAGAGCGAGGGUGAGGAUGUCCGGAAGCUGAAUAUUAGGCACUCACUCCAUGCGGGGAGUGAUCACGCAACAAGCAUGAUAACCUUAGCCGGUGAGAAUGAAGGUGCGUCCAUGUACAUCGGACGCAAGAUAUCACGAAAGGCAGGUAUUCAGAAAGAGCAUCAGAUGGACGAGCACCCGAGUGCAGAAGAAGGCGACGGUAAGAACGAAAGAUCUCAUCAGACGAGCAAUGAAGUUGCAUCAAUCACAGGAGUGAAUAGCAAUGUGCAGAGCGUCAACAACUCGCUACUUCGUGAAAGCUCCUGCAGCCAAGAGGAUCCAGGAGUUCACUUCUUCUUUUCCAUCAAAACCAACUACGCCCGUUAAAUCGAAGAUUGAGAUAG